CAGACUUACGGACGGUCCGUACAGUGUACGGACGAACGGUAACUCAGCCGGUAGACGGUGAAUGGGACGGGCAGACGGACGCACGGACGGACGGACGGACAGAACAGACAGACGGACGGACGGACGGUGCAGUGUACGAACAGACGAACUGACGGACGAACGGCAGUGAAGUGUAUGUACUUACAUACCUACUUACGGACGAUUCAGUGUACGGAUAGACCGUAACUCAGACGGCAAGUAGAUCCCGACAAGGUAACCAGUGUACGGACAGACCAAUGUGCGAAAAAUAAACAGCGGAGGGAUUGGGCUGUUGACGGGCUGUACUGCUCACCGCAAAAAAAAAAAUGAUGGUGAUUUAGACGGCUCACGGACGGUUCUAACACUAGCGAACCGUGUGAACGGGAGGAAGCGUAACGUUUCCCGGUUCCACAGUGCACGGACAGUGACGUAACGUUUCCCGGAGUUAGUCUAUCCGGAUAGUGACGUGGCGUGACGUUAACCGGAACCAGGGUAGGUUCCUCUUAACGCGAAUCCGGUGAGGACUCGGACUGAGCUGUGGCGUCACCAAUUCGUGACUAAGCAAUCGUGGUGGCAGCUGAAGCCCCGUGAUGAACCUGAGCCUGCCCGUCGCCCGAUGGACGUUGUCGUUGUAUCUGCUCGCCAUGCUGAUGGCCUGUGCCGACUGUCGCCGUGCGCCUCAAGCGAAACGUAACAAGCUCUACCAAACAGUGCCGGAGAUAAUCGCCGCUCACGGGUACCCGGUGGAGGUGCAUCACGUGCAGACAGCCGACGGAUACAUCCUGGAGAUGCACCGGAUCCCAGGCGGUCGCGGCGGUUCGCAGGCCACCUCCCCGCCGGGCCGACCUGUCCUCGUGCUGCACGGGGUACAGGACAGCUCCGCCGGCUGGGUCAUCAACCCGAGAAAGUCACUCGGGUUCGUGUUGGCAGACGAAGGCUACGAUGUGUGGCUCGGAAAUAAUAGAGGAAAUACCUACGGACGGGCACACGUCACUCUUAAUCCCAAUAAACGUCGCUUUUGGGAGUUCACACUGGAUUCCUUUUCGAAGUACGACAACCCUGCCAUGAUAGACUACAUUCUGGAGACAACAGGCUACGACGAUCUUUAUUAUAUCGGAUUUUCAUCAAGCACCAUCUCCUUUUGGGCGAUGAUGAAUUAUUAUCCGGCUUACAACGACAAGGUUCGUUUUAUGGUGGCUCUGGGGCCGGUGGCCACAAUGAAGUACUUCAGAAGCAUAGUCAGGAUUUUUGUUCCAUUCAGGAAAGCUAUCCAGAAAAUGUCGGCUAUAUUCAGCCAUAACGAAUCGUUUCGUCACAAGCCGCUGUACGGCGUGCUGGGCAAGAUAUUCUGCAGCAAGCACUCGCCUACGGUGCCGCUGUGUGCGCUCGGGAUGUUCAUGCUGGCUGGCUGGGACCCGAAACAACUCGACAAGGCCAGCCUGCCGGUGAUAUUCUCUCAUGUUCCCGCUGGAACGGGAAGCCUGGUUAUGGAGCAGGUUUCACAGUACAUCGCAUCAGGUCGUUUCCAGCGCUAUGAUUACGGCAAAAAGCAGAAUCUGGUACGAUACGGUCAGCGACGUCCUCCAGAAUACUUUCCGGAGAAAGUGACUGCGCCCGUGGUGCUGAUCUGGGGUCCCAACGACAAAAUGGCCGACAAACGGGACGCGGCGCUGUUGGCGGCACGGCUGCCGAACCUGGUUCGCAGUGAGCCCGUCAACUGGCGCCUCUGGCAGCACCUCGACUUCAUGUGGGGCAUCGACGCCAACCGUCUAGUCUACAGUCGUGUUAUUCACUACAUGGAGCAGUUUGGCGGAGCGCGCUGAGCUCCGCUCCCGUACGCGCUGCCGUCAGGAGUGUUCCGGUCGCUUCUUACGAUAAUGUGCCCAGGAUAGGGCAGCCGGGCCAGCAACGGCAGAUCAAAAUCAAAAUAUUAAUAGGUGCAUGUUUUCCCAGUUAAGCUGAUUGUCUUUGACCCGAUGCCUGCUUCUGACUUUUUAUCACAAUGAAGCGAAACAUACCUGGCGAACGCCAAGGUAGCCUCUGGCCGCUACAGGGUGACCAUGUGAUCAGGUGAUAAUGAAAUAUGUGAUCUGCUGAAAAGAACAAAAUAAACCUGCUUAGAUGUCAAAUAACAACGAUGUUAUGUUACGAUAUUUCGACAAAUCACGGAAUUUUGACAUUAACGUGCUGGCAACAUUACAACAAGAAUUGUCUC